AUGGGAUCCAUCGUUGCAAACCACGUGUCGUCGGAUAAGAUCGACAGGAUGUUUGGAGCAGGAAACCAAGAGGUGUACUCGCGCUUCGAGGGCCGCUCUAGAUCGACCUCCUCUAAUACGACCCCCACCUCGACCACCGCCCCGCCACCCAUAGGCUCUGCUCGGCUUCCCGCGCAUUCGAACGAGAUCCCCGCCUACAUCAACUCCCACCCCCCAAACCCCUCCAAGGACCCGUCCCAUCCUUUGCCAUCCAUGACCUCUUCUAACUAUGCCUUUUCGACCGAUUACCCCUCCCACUCCAACUCUCAGACUCCCGUUGGUCAUGCUGACGGGGACUCGAUGAUCGCCGCUCCGUCUGCACCUGCACCGCCGGCUUAUACCCGGUCUCCAGACUCCCCGCGCCUGCAGCCGACUUUCAGGUCGAUGCAGUCUGUCCCGGGGUCGGAGGCAAACUCCCCUAGCCGCAUCCGCGUUCGGAGCUUAUCGCACAUUCAGAGUCUAGCCAGUGAAGAGUUCCUGGCGCCACCUCCACGAUCACACGCUACUGGUCAUGGCUCGCCACAGCGACAAUUCGAAAUCAGCUCAAUGCCAGUGGGGGAUGUCAUCGAGAUGGUCGCUGGCUUGCUCACCAAGAUCACCACCACCAAUGAUCUCCAUCACGAGCAUACACAUCGCCACAUUCCUCCGCCAGAAGGGACUAGCAACCUUAGUCCACAAGCCACCAGCGUCCUCGCAUUCCACGGAAAGAACGUCCCCAGCAUUACAAUCCUCAGCUACCUCACCCGCAUCCACAAAUACUGCCCCACUACCUACGAGGUCUUCCUCAGUUUGCUGGUCUACUUUGACCGAAUGACCGAUUUGGUCAAUCGGGGGCAAGUUGACCAGUUCCAACGCUAUUGGGAACCAAGCGCUGGCGAGCCAUCUGAUUCCUCCUCAGAUGCAAUGGACACAUCGGCAGACCGCCAGACACAGGAUCCAUCAAUAGUCACUCCACCAUCCUCCACACGCAUGACUGCACAAGACCCGAAGAGUCCCAACGCAUCCGUUUCCCCGGGCCUGUACCCUCAAGGAGAAGACGACAGUCUCUCUCAAUUUUUUGUGGUUGAUAGUUUCAACAUUCACCGACUGGUCAUCGCGGGCGUGACCUGUGCGAGUAAAUUCUUUUCCGAUGUUUUUUACACCAACUCUCGAUAUGCAAAGGUUGGCGGUCUUCCGCUUGUGGAGCUUAAUCAUUUGGAGCUCCAAUUCCUCCUGCUCAACGAUUUCCGUCUAGCCAUCACGGUUGAAGAGCUCGAAGCCUACGGAACCAUGCUGGUCGAAUUCUACGCUCGAGAGAUUGUUUCACAACAACAAACGUCCGUGCCUUGGCCAAUUCCAAACUCCGGUGCUGGCUCUCCCUCUGACGCGAUGUACAUGCGGACUGGCGAGAAGCCUCGAGAUCCCACUGAACUCAGCCAGACCCCCACCCCACCUUGA